AUGUUUACCUUUAUAUAUGAUCUUGCAUAUGUGCAUGCGUUGGCCUCCCCUCUUCCUCCCCUCUUCCAUCCCCCUUCCUCCCCUCUUCCUCCCCUUUUCCUCCACCUCGUCCUCCCUCGUCCUCCCGUCUUCCUCCCCUCUUCCUCCCUCUUCAUCCCCUCUUCCUCCCUCUUCCUCCCCUCUUCCUCCCCUCUUCCUCCCCUCUUCCUCCACCUCAUCCUCCCCUCGUCCUCCCCUCUUCCUCCCCUCUUCCUCCCCUUGUCCUCCCCUCUUCCUCCCCUCUUCCCCCCCUCUUCCUCCCCUCUUGCUCCCCUCUUGCUCCCCUCUUCCUUCUUUCUCUGA